ACAUUCAAGCACAGUGUUUAUGGUCUUUAGGGGUGUUGUUUGGCUAAUGAAUGAACUCUGAGUUCAUGCAAAUCAAAAUGAGCCAAACCAAUGGGUCAUUUUCGGAGCAAACAUCGUCAGACCGCCGCGAUGAGGAUGUCGUGAUCGUCAAAAUGAAUAUGCCGCGAAGAUUUAAAGUCGCUCCAGGGAUUCCAACACAAUCCCAAGGAGACUUGAACACAACAAAAAGAUCCUUAAAUCUUAAUUUAGUACUUACCAAGCCAAACGAAGAAGAAUUGAAACGKAAUUCCGUGCAAGAUGAGUUUGCGACAGUGACMGUAAAUCUACUUUCUCGACCAAAACAACAACAAGAAGAGAGUGAACAGUCAGAGAACGCGGAUAAUGACAAGAACGAUAUCCGUGACGACGUUGACAUGCAAGAAGACGACGAAGACAGCUCUGAAAACGAGGAUAGCAAAGAACCAGAAGAAUACGAAGAAUCAGAUAGCGAAGAGUCGGAAAUUGAAACCAAGUCAGAUCUACGAACAAAGACAYCAAGUAGUGUCCAUAAUGUUUCUGUAGUUCCCUUGGUUUUGCCAAAUAUUUCAUUACCGUGCUCUAAGUGCUCAUCUUAUAUCAAUAUUUGUCAUGUAAGAAGUCAUAGAGACUUUCACACUGCCUUGCAAACUUUUAAAUUUGCGUCAAACUUCACGCCACAAAAUUUGAAAAUUUUAAUCAAAAGAAGAAAAACACUAAUAAAAAGGCUCCAAGAGUCAGUAAAACAUACAAAUGGGAAAGGAUUUGUGGACAAAAACUUACAAAAGAUAAACACAGCAUUUGAAGUUUUAAAAUCGGAACUGGAAGGCACUGGAAACACAUAUCGAGUGUUGGACACUGAUCUAAAUCCUCAAAUUAACAAGGUUUCCAACAUAGAGAUGUGCUGCACACUUGCUGUCGGACUGUGCGAAGAAAGCAACUCAAGAUGGAAAAACAUGGAGGAYACUCAUUCCUACGAAGAUCAGUUCCUCGAUGAUCCACCGUGCUGUUUYAUGGGUAUUUACGAUGGCUACUGUGGGAAUGUGACAGCCCAAAAGUGUGCAAAAUAUCUUCAUGUUUUUCUUAAGGACGAAUUACAAGAAACAGUUGUUAAAUUAAAGAAACAAUUAUCUAAAGAAUGCAUAAGUGCUGCAUUUAAGAGAGCUUAUCAUAAGUUCCAGAAAAUGUUGCUCRAAACGACUGAAGAUGARGAACARUCGCGRAGUCGYUGGAGCGGCUGCUCUGCUCUGACGUGUCUGUUGACAUCYGACGCAUGUUUUCUUGCUAACGCAGGCAAUGUUGGCGCGCUUCUAGUGCGAGAYAAAGGGAUUGUUAAAGUACUCGCCAGUAGGCAUGAUCUUUAUAACAAGAAAGAAAGAGAYAGGGUCCGUCGAUGCCAAGGCGUGAUUGUGAAAACAGAAAAAUGCGCCCUGAUAAAUGGCGCUCUAGGGACCACCAGAGGCCUUGGGAACAUAGGGGAUAUAAGAAUCAACCAGUGUAUUAUCAAUGAUCCAAAAUUUAAGCACGUGAAGCUUCUUGAUGGCGACCAGAUAAUCGUUCUUGCAUCCAGCGGACUGUGGAAGAUGUUUUCAUACGAAGAGACAUCAAUGCUAAUAUUUGGUUUCUUUAGGGAAAUCAAAAGGGACAUCCUCAAUGGAAUUGUUUAUGGGGAUCCGAUCCCAUGUCUCCUAGAAGACGGACAUCUUGCCAGUGAGUAUGAAGAUGUCUACGAAAGGUUAGACAACCGACAUUCCUACUUUGAACAGUUUCUUAAGCCAAAGAAGAUCACAGAACGUAGRUACACCACUGUAGGCUUUCGRAUGUACUCGAUUCAUACAAUCGAAGAAGAAGUCGAGCAAAAGCCAGUAAUUCACGUAUCAAUCAAGAUUCCACGCUGGAGCAAGAGAAUAGGAAGGCGUAUGAGUGACACGUGCUUGAGUUACCAUGGGGAAAGUCUCCAUGGUGAUGAACAACGAUGGGAAGAUGAUGAACAGUCAAGUGAAGAUAGUUUUGAGGAACUCGAGGGAAGAUGUUGUUUUAAGCGAAGGCAUUCCAUGCCAAACUCGGCAAGUCUCGUCAAGCUGCAUGGUUUGUUGAAAACUGAUUCACUUUUGACAAGAAAAGAUAAAGAGAAACUCUUAGCGAAGUAUUUAUCCAGGAGACUAGUGAARKCAUCAAUUUUAGCAGGUUCACUAGACAACAUCACAGUGUUUAUUGUUCUUCUACAAGGUUUUUCACUCGUCAACGUCCUUCUCAUAACGGAACAUUUACUAGAAGCACUUGACGACUAACGACCUCCUGAUACUUCCGGUUAAAGGGGACUACAACAUAUUCAGUAUAUUCUAUAAUGCGCUCAAUAUAGUGAUUCAUUUUGUAGAUUGCAGAGUUAAUUAUUCCUUUUAUUAACCCUAAAAUAGUUCUAGAAAGCGAUGCUGCACAUUCUUCAGUUUUUUAAACCAUCUUCCAGAUGCAACGCAUUUCUAAGAUCCACAAAGUAAUGCACACCAUAUUGCUUACAAAUGAUGAAAGUAUUCUCUUUCCUCAAGAUGUUGGUAUUUUCAAAGCUCCAACCAAUAAAAAAUUAAAAAAAAUAUAUGAAUAAAAAUGUUAAUCAAAACACGGAC